AGCCUCGAUAAAAUCUGUGACUGCUUUAGAGUCGGAACAAAUCAAGAGAUUCUUAAAAUAAGAAUUCUUAAAAGAAUGAUAAAUAAAGUUGUUAAAAAUUUCAUCCAGCAGUCAAAGUCUAGUUAUGGUGUGCCCAUUGGGAUGGGGAAGGUUGGUGGUGACCCCUUCCUCACCACAUCCUACGUGAGAGGGGCACGACGAACUGGUUUCGAACAGGGGAAUGAUGCUGCGGAAGAAUCGCUCAGGAGGAAAAUUGACCCCGCAACUACAUCAGUCGUUCUCUUUCCUGGCCAAGGAACACAAUACGUUGGAAUGUGUGGGAAUCCUGCACAGCUUCCGCGAUAUGUGCAAGUUUUGUAUGAAAUCGCAUCGUCAAUCCUAGACUACGAUCUUUUAGAUUUAUGUGCAAAUGGACCGCAGGAAAAACUGGAUCAAACGAUUCAUUCUCAACCAGCAAUAUUGGUGGGUUCUUUAGCCGCAUUGGAAAGAUUACGAGAGGAGGACCCAGUAAGCAUUGAAAAAUGCGUUGCAACUGCUGGUUUUAGCAUUGGCGAAUUGACUGCUUUAGUAUUUGCUGGAGUAAUUAGUUUUGAGGAUUCCAUUCGCUUAGUUAAAGUACGGGCGGAAGCAAUGCAGUUGGCAAGUGAACUCACUCCAUCAGGGAUGUCGACUGUGUUAUAUGGAGCCGAUUCGAAAUUAAACUAUUCUCUCCUGGUAGCAAAGGAAUGGUGCCGUCGAGAACAUAAUAUAGAAAAUCCUACCUGCUCUAUCGCCAACUAUUUGUUUCCUCAUUGUAAGGUAGUUGCUGGAAAUAUCGAAGCUCUACAAUUUUUGGAGAUGAAUUAUAAGGACUUCAAUCUAAGAAGAGUUAAAAGACUUCCAGUUUCUGGUGCUUUUCACACGGACCUGAUGCAACCAGCAGUAGAUCCAUUACGCCAAGUCAUGAAAGGGAUGACAAUAAAUAGACCAAGAAUGUUAGUGUUCUCAAAUGUCACAGGAUAUAGGUAUCAUGGUUCAGAUGACUUGAUGAGAAAUUUACCCAAACAGAUUGUACGACCAGUCAUGUGGGAACAAACUUUACAUACAAUUUAUAAACGACCGAAAGACAGUGAGUACCCAAAUUCAUUCGAGUGUGGACCUGGAACUUCACUUUCAACAGUUCUUAAACAAGUAAACAAUAGAGCACAUGCGAAAUGUAAAUCAGUGUCACCAUUUUCCACAAAUGCGGAAUAAUGCCAUUAAUAAAUUAACCUAGUUCAUUUUCAUAUUAAAGUUUAUUAAAGAAUGACAAAAGCGAAAAC